AUGCCUCUCAUAAUCAAGGGAGUGGAAAUCAAGCCUGUGGACUCGAUCAAAUAUCUCGGGUUCUAUCUGGAUACCUACCUCAGCGGGGAAGUGCACGUACAGGAGAUGAGAGAGAAGGUGGCAAAACUGGUAGCAGGAUUAAGCUCAAUCACAGGAUUGACAUGGGGAACGCCCCUAGUUCAUCUAAGGAAAAUAUAUAUGGCUGUUCUCCAGCCACAAAUCAUGUACACGUGCUCCACAUGGUAUAUACAAGGUAGAAAAGGCUUCACUGGUGCGCAACGGGUUGCGGAGCAAGCUAUCCAAUCGAUCCAGGAUCAGGCUCUUCACCGGAUAUCUGACGCCUUCAAACGUACGUCACAACAGGCCCUAGAGGUCUGCCUCCACGUACCACCUGCAGAGCUCACGCUCGCAAAGCUGGCUGAGGAGGCCUGCCUGCGGAUCAUGACCUCGCCACUUCGAUCUACGCUUUACUACAUACUUCUUUACCGACGGAAGUGGCUUGACAAUGGGAUUGGGGCAGCAGUCUACUCAUCAAUAGGACAGGCCUAUAAGCCAGUAGGCUCAUCUGAUACACAUACUGUUUACGCAGGGGAGCUGGAGGGAAUCGACGCGGCAUUGGAAAUCCUACUCCAAAGCCAGCCACGUGGCGACAACCCACACGAAGCCACGAUCUACACAGAUAAUCAAGCCGCGAUACGCGCCACGUGCCAGCCAGGGCGGUCCUCUGGGCAGUAUAUCAUCCGAAGGAUCGUACGACACCUGGGCCUCCUACGCGACAACCGAUCCCGAUGGCGUGUACGACUACAGUGGGUGCCAGGCCACGAAGGGGUCCCAGGCAACAAGAAAGCAGACCAACUUGCAAAGUUGGCUGCAGUUGAGGCGACACGGCGCUUUGCAAAGUGGUGGAAGGAUCAGUGGGAGUAUGCUAAGCAUGGACGGCAUCUCUAUCGGAUAAUUAAAGAGCCAACGAAGACAGUGUUGCAGCUGCACGAAGGAUUACAACGGGCCUGGAGUUCGGUGUUGAUCCAACUACAAACAGGUAAAUCAGCGCUACGCAGCUUCCUAGCGAGUGUACGGAUUGAAGACUCACCUCAAUGCCAAUGUGGCCUUGGAGAUCAGGAUACGGCCCACGUCCUCGUACGGUGCCCUAUCCAUAUAAACCUACGUUUGAAGACCCUCUGGAAAGAAGCACGCGAAACAGACUAUCGGAAGCUCCUCAGCGAACCUCAGUGGGUUCAGCAGAGUAUCGAUUUCAUGAUGUGGACUGGUCUAUUGACACAGUUCCGUCACGCAAUCCCCCUAAUAAUCACGCGCUCACAGUGA